UUCUCUGCAUUCUGUGAACCGAAGUGUUCAUCGAAGCGCUGAGUAAACUUCUUGCUCCGACCAUGUUUAUUCACUCAACCGUCCUCGCCUUGCUUCUUAGCGUCUUGUCGCAUGGGGCCAGUGUGGAACUUCUAGACCUGAACCCUGACCUCGGGCCUUUCCAGGAUGAAUCAACGUGUUUCCCACUGGAGCAAUCGUGGUACCAGAUGUACAGAGACUUCGAGGAAGACCCUUACUUGGGAGGCAAGAGCAAGUGCGUUAAAGGCACACAGACUGGAGAUUUUGUCAGCGAUUCAGCUGUGGUAAUAUUUGAGUACCCACCUGACAGAAUCAUAAACACAACGUUCAAGCUGAUGUCAUCGCCUGGGUACACAGCAAAAAACAUUCUCAACGUGCAGCCCGUUGACCACCCUGGAUUCAGCGUAAAUCUGACAAUAUCCUAUCGAGACUGCCACUCAUGCAAAGUGAUCCGACACAGCUAUAUUAAUGAAGGCAAAGGAUGCAGCUUGUGGGUGACUGGUGCUGAACUUGGCCAGCCCCAUACAUGUUGCGAGUACAUCUUCGAGCUAUUGUGUGGUUUCCACCCUACCUACAAGAUCUACGAUGACAGCUGCCAAUAAAGAAUGCUCGCGGCGAUUUAAAAUGCAAUGUCCAAGCAGUCCGUACAGAUGGUUAACCAACUAAGCUGAAACGUGCGAUCCCGGUGUUUGUCACUGGGUUAUUCCCGACGGUUCAUUAAAGAA